AGAUCACGCCAUUGGAGGAUGGCAAUGAACUUCGACAUCGACUGAUGUGGUGGUCGUCGAUCGGCAUUAGAUACAGUGCCAGCAAUGGCUUUGUCGGCGUGCUGCUGGGGAAGGCGGUCGUCGGGGCCGAAAUUGGGAUGCGCAAUUAGUGAUCGCUCGGGGGAUCGUUUAAGGAAGCGAGGACGAUGGGGCGAGCCAGCUAGAGCUUGACCUAGUCGAGCGCGGAGUCGCAGGUGCAGCUGUAUUGGGGUCGGCAGACGGACGAGGUGGUGGUGGUUUUUGGUUUUGGGAUCAGAACCGCAUUCUUUCCUGCCCGUCUGCCUGCCCAUCUUUGACAUUCGGGUCGACGAUCGGUGUGAAGUUGCAGCCGGUGCGAUGGACAUGUCGAACGACAGUUCUUUUUCCGGGCGGAAAGCCUACAAGAGGCCGCCCGUUCCAGCGCAAAUGAAGUCCUCGAAGGUCCCUAAGGAUUACCAGAACGAGUUGUCUUAUCCGAGUUGGAAUUUGAGCGGUAGACCUGCAGCAGCAUCGGCGGAAGUGAGGUCGAAGGAUCUGUCGCAUGAUAAUUCUUUCGCGAGUCGGAGCUCAGGAAGUAGGCCUUUCGUGCCUGCGCCAGCUCCGGUGAAACCGAAGGUUCAUAAGGAAUUGCACUUGGCUCCCAUGGCAAUGAAGGGGCCGUCGAUUACGAAGCGCCGUAGUGCGCCACCGAAUGUCCAGCCUCGGAAACCACAGAUGCUGAGCGAAGAGAGGUAUUUUCAAGAAGAAGAUAAGUCCUCGAGAUUGGUUCGCAAGAAGCAGCCCAAGCCAUCGUCACGUAAUGCCGCCAGUGGAGACUCAGAUGGCAGGCAGAGGUCUUCGGGUUCGGACGAGGAGCGUGAGGCCGUACUAUAUGCGAGGAGGAGUCUAGAGCAGGCGCUGGAAAAAGCCGACUCUCUUGUAGAUCAGUUGGAAAAGUUGGAGGAUGAUAUCGAGGCAUUGGAGGAUGAAAAAGUAGCGUUGUUGGACGAGUUGCUGGUAUGUGAGGGUCUCGCCGUGAAUCCGUAUCCUCGCUUUCGAAAACGGAAUUUUAUCAGGACCAAACGACAAAGUUCGGAGCCAUGAGGAUAAAGAAUUGCUGGUAUUGCGUGGCUAGGAAUUCUUAGGCUAUAUAUCACCACACGCAAGUAUGUAAUUAGGUUUGUGAUGACCCCCACCCGGUCGUGAUCGUGCGAGGGAAGUUGACACAAAGAGUCAGAUGAGGCUUUCUGUGAUAAUCAUUUGAAACAAAUGCUUCGCAUUACGCCUCGCCAACCUCGUCAAACAAUCAAAGAGGCACUCGAGAAUGAAGGGUGAUACGCUGUAUGGAAUUGAACCCUCCGUCCGUCAAGCUGGGUUUCAAAUUUUUCUGGACAAUUUCAAUGCAGCCAGCACCGAGGAAGGAACCCGGGUUCUUUUGUGCCUGGCCGGCUGUAGGCACCAAGUCUCGCCGUUACCUGUCUCAUCGGAAGCAGACAACAAUUCCUGGCGAUUGCUUAUGCAAAAAACACGGUAGCAGGUGCUCUUCUCAAAGUCAUGGUGACUAGAGAAGGGCGGCAGCAGGUCAACCGAUCAACACCGCCGCCGGUCUCCGUAUUCUUGUGGGACAGAUUGCUUCGUUCCAUCAACUAUUUAAUCGGAUCGUCGAAAAUGUAUAUGGGGGUGAUGAACUCUCUUGUUUGGACGAGCGAACAAUCGGCCCUGCAAGUUUUCCGUACUGCAGCAGAUAGUACACGCGCAUCAUACGCCUGUGCAGUGAUCAAAUGUGCAUAUAUCAUAGCAAGAAGCAAGUUCUGGUAGUAUAUCAGGCUUUUGGAUCGAUCUUGGAGGCCUUGCGAUGCUACUGUUUCCAGGGAUGAUCUGACGCCGAUGCAAAUGGUGGAGACGACUAGAGCACGAAGGAAAUAUGACAUCUGGCACUGGUUUGUUGAUCGCCAAGGGAAAAGUCUGAAGAGUUGGAGUAUAAAUAUAUUUAAUUGAUGGAGUGAUCGUCGACGGAGGGGAGCUGCGUUUAUAUCGAACUCGAGGAGCAUGAAAGAGGACAUCGAGCAACCUGUGAUCCCGGACAAUAUUGGAAGUCUACUUCGUUCCGCGAGCCAGGGUGUCGGAGAGGCUGUGGCCAGAAUGGUGGACUACGGUUUAUCCGCAGACUACGACGGAUUAACUGCAAUGCAUCUUGCUCUUGGCGAGGGUCACGUUGGUGUCAUUGGAUUACUGCUGAAGUGUAAUGCGCAUAUCAAUACCAUCGACCGCUCGGGAGAAUCGAGUCUUCCAAAUGCGAGGCGAUUUGACUAUACCAAGGUUUAUGAGAUCCUUGUACAGAAUGGAGGCACCGCUUCGGAAGGAGUUUAUCAAGGAACUGGCCUAACUACAAAAGUUGAGGUUUCACUAUAUUGUUUAGUUUCUUGGUGCCAUUACUAAAUUCACUCACCUCGUUAUUGCGACGGAGUAUCUUCCGAGGCUUGACAGGGGGAUUUUGAAGACAUAAUCGGAUGAAAGGACGCAUAUCAGCAAGAGAAUCAUUGCAGUUCGCUUUGGAUAUUGCUCGGAAUUAAUGUUUAUUCCUUCAGUAGAUAUGAUAGUCAAUAAAUCAACCAUGUAUUAUGUAACCAUAGGUUGAUGAUUACAGAGACAGGUUGCAAGCCUGCUGCACUUGAGAAGUUAUUUUCCUAGACUCAGAUCACCCAGCAAACAUAGCCGGCAAAUCUUUGGCAUGAAAGCCAGCAAUGUUUUUGCCAAGUUAUACCCAAAUAUAGGGGUAUGAAUUAUCUUCACCAACAUAAGCCAGAUCGAUUCGUCCUUCGCAACCUGAAGCCAUGGAUGAACCUGGACAUCUGAAGGUGGCAGACUUCGGACUAUUGUCAGAGGAAGCAACUACUGGUCGUUUCGGAGGUAUAUACUCAAUAUAACGGGAGAGACGGGCUCUUGUACGUCUAGUGCACCUCGUCGUUGCAUAUUCAGCUCCAGUUGCUGCUGCACUGCUGUUUUCUUGAUCUACCCUAUUGGUCAAGAAAGUUUCCCAAAAAUAUUUUCAAAUAAAAAUACCUAUAUUGA